AUGCCCCCCACGAAACAAGAACUCUCCCUCCUAAUCAAUCCCCUAGUCCCGGAGUCCCUCGCCCACAACAACCGGGUCCUCACCUCCCUCCACAGCGUGACCGCCUUCCUGCUCGGCCUGACCGCCGGGAUCCUCUCGCUGCAGUCGGCGACGGGCUUCGCCUUCUACUUCCUCGGCACGGUGGUCGUGUCCGCGCUGUUCCACGCGCUGGUGCUGUAUCGGUCCGGGGGCUGGGGCGCGGGGGUGUAUUUUGCGGGCGCGCAGGGGGAGGUUUCGGGGCUGGAUGAACGGGGGAUUGUGCGGGGUGCCACCACCACCGGCAGCAGUAUCGCCGACAAGUCGGCGAAGAAGAUGGUGCGGCGGGCGGCGUGGCGGGAUGUUUGGUUUGGGGGUGGGGUGUUGGGGGAGGCGUUGUCGGGGUUUGUGCUGGGGUGGGCGGGUGCUGGGGGGGUUUUGCGAUGA